AUGCCUCCUCACUCCCCAAUCGCGUCGCACUUCUCAGGAAAACUCACAAGUCAAGUCAGAAGGGUCCUACCAGCAUAUCUUGCCAUCGUGUUCUUCUUCCUCUUCUUCACAAACACCCAUUUCUUCACGACUCCAAUUCGUGCUGCCCACAGAUACCGACGAGAGCUCAGAUACCAACAGCUACUACAGCCGUCAACUUCCGUCAUUCCAAGGAAAAUCUGGCAAACGUGGAAAGUUGGAUCGGUUUUCUUUGAGCAACGUGAUUCUGACUCUGCAAAGACUUGGCUGGCGAAGAACCCUGGAUAUCGCUAUGAGGUUUUGACAGAUGACAACGCCCUUGAAUAUCUUGACUGGCACUAUGGGCCCCAGGGAUUCAACCGCCCUGACAUUGUGGAGCUCUAUCGCGAGCUCAACAUUACGAUUAUCAAAGCCGAUCUGUUGCGGUAUCUCGUAAUGUACGCAGAAGGCGGCGUAUAUGCGGACAUUGACGUGGAAUGCCUGCGUCCUAUCAACCGAUUCAUACCUGACCGAUAUAAGGAGGAAGACGUGGACAUGAUAAUCGGCGUCGAGAUAGAUGAACCUGCAUUUAUCAAUCAUCCUGUGCUCGGAUCCAAGUGCUCAUCAUUUUGCCAAUGGACUUUCGCCGCCAAACCUCGACUGCCUGUCAUGAUGAGGCUGAUUGAGAACAUCCAGGACUGGAUCCACGAUCUCUCGAACGAAAAGAGUGUACCAGUAUCAGAGCUCGAGUUGGAUUUCAACGAGGUCAUCAGUGGGACCGGCCCCUCGGCUUUCACAAAAGCGGUGUUGGAGCAAAUGACUGCUCAAAACCAAGGCCAGGAAGUCACUUGGGAUGCCUUCCACGACCUCGCCGAGUCGAAACUCGUGAGCGGCAUAUUAGUAUUGGACGUUGAAGCUUUUGCUGCUGGCCAGGGACAUUCCGAUUCUGGCAAUCAUGACUCUCGGGGAGCUUUGGUCAAGCAUCACUAUCAUGCCUCCGGUUGGCCGUCUCGUCAUCCGAGGCACAAUCAUCCAAUGUAUGGCGAAGUGGAACAAUGCAAUUGGAAGCCAGAAUGCGUCGCUGAAUGGGACAAGAACGUUGCUGAAUGGGAAACGCUCUCAAAAGAGGAACAAGGGAAGCGAAUCGCUAGCAAGCCAGCGCCGCCUGCUAUACUGGCGGUGUCUCCACAACAGAAGAAUGAUGGAAUCUUCAUCUUGGUGGUCCAUGUCCUGGAGGGGACUAACUUACAAUUUAUGGAAAUACGAGUUAAGAUCUAUGGAUACUCUUCCGUGUGCGGGUAA